CCACUGAGGUUCGUCUUCCGGUCCGGUUUGCGCGCGCGCGUGCACGCUCACGUCGACAAGUUGCGCAGCAGCCGAGCAAGUGGACGUUCGGCUUCGCGGAGGACGGACGACAUCCCAACUGCGGCGAUGCUGACCGCCAGAUGAUCUGACGUCGGAAGAAGAGAAGACAUCAGGCGCCGUCCGUCCGUUUGUCGGUCCGCGUCGACGAUGGGUUGCGCUUGCUGCAAGCACAAGAAGUCGGCCAAACUGGAAGCGUCCGCCUUGGGCGCCGUCGCCGCCGCGCCGCCGCCGCCGGGCAACGGCGACGGCGCGGCCUCGCCGGCGGUCGCCGCGCAGGGGCGCUACUGUCCCGACCCCACGCAGGCCAUACCGGACUUCAACCAGGCCUUCUCCGGCGGCGCCGUCUUCCCCAACUCCAACGCGCAACCCUGGACCGGCGGAGUCACGAGCGGCGGCGUGACGCUCUUCAUCGCGCUGUACGGCUACGACGCUCGCACGGAGGACGACUUGAGCUUCCAGAAGGGGGAGAAGUUUCAGAUCAUCAACAACACCGAGGGCGACUGGUGGGAGGCCCGAUCCCUGGACACGGGCAACGCCGGCUACAUCCCGUCCAACUACGUCGCCCCGGUGGACUCCAUACAGGCCGAGGAGUGGUAUUUCGGAAAGAUGGGGAGGAAGGAUGCGGAGAGGCAGCUGCUGGGCCACGGCAACCAGAGGGGGACUUUCCUCAUCCGCGAGAGCGAGACCACCAAAGGCGCGUACUCGCUGUCCAUCCGCGACUGGGACGACAACAAGGGCGACCACGUGAAGCACUAUAAGAUCCGCAAGCUGGACAACGGCGGCUACUACAUCACCACCCGGUCCCAGUUCGACACCGUCCAGCAGCUGGUGACGCACUACACGGAGCGAGCGGCGGGGCUGUGCUGCCGCCUGAUCGGCAGCUGCAAGCGGGGCAUGCCCAAACUGGCCGACCUGUCGGUGAAGACCAAGGACAUGUGGGAGAUUCCCCGCGAAUCCCUGCAGCUGAUUAAAAAGUUGGGCAACGGCCAGUUCGGAGAAGUUUGGAUGGGCAUGUGGAACGGAACCACCAAGGUGGCGGUGAAGACCCUGAAGCCGGGCACCAUGUCGCCCGAGGCCUUCCUGGAGGAGGCUCAGAUCAUGAAGCGGCUGCGCCACGACAAGCUGGUGCAGCUCUACGCCGUCGUGUCCGAGGAGCCCAUCUACAUCAUCACCGAGUUCAUGAGCCAAGGAAGUUUGCUGGACUUCCUAAAAGACGGCGAGGGCCAAAACCUGAAGCUCCCGCAGCUCGUGGACAUGGCGGCGCAGAUCGCGGCGGGGAUGGCCUACAUCGAGAGGAUGAACUACAUCCACAGAGACCUGCGCGCCGCCAACAUCCUCGUCGGCGACAACCUGGUGUGCAAGAUCGCCGACUUCGGCCUGGCCAGGCUCAUCGAGGACAACGAGUACACCGCCAGGCAAGGGGCCAAGUUCCCCAUUAAGUGGACGGCGCCGGAAGCGGCGCUCUACGGACGCUUCACCAUCAAGUCGGACGUCUGGAGCUUCGGCAUCCUGCUGACCGAGCUCAUCACCAAGGGACGCGUGCCCUACCCAGGCAUGAACAACCGCGAGGUGCUGGAGCAGGUGGAGCGGGGGUACCGGAUGGCCUGCGCCCCGGGCUGCCCCGCCUCGCUCCACGAGCUCAUGCUGCAGUGCUGGCGGCGCGAGGCCGACGAGAGGCACACCUUCGAGUACCUGCAGUCCUUCCUGGAGGAUUACUUCACCGCCACCGAGCCGCAGUACCAGCCCGGCGAGAACCUGUGACGACCAAAAACACACGGAACAAAACAAACAUUACGACGACGACGACGGCGGCGGGCGUUCCCGCGAGCUUCUCGGACGGACGGACGGACGGGGGAACCUCGGCCGAUCGGGCCCUGCAGUGAUGUUGCUUUACUCGGUAACCAUGACAACAAGGAGGACAAUGUAGAUGGUUUGGGAGGAGGGAUGCAACUUGGCACAUGAUCCUCUCUUCUUCCACAGCCGCCAUAUUCGGUUUGUUCCGUCCAUUCCAGCCUCACCCGGCAUCCCAGUGGAUUUGAGCGUCACAGGAAACAAACGUUAUCGAGCAUUUGCGCGCGUGCGUGCGGAUGGAUUACAACGAUGGUUGUUAAACUGAGUCCCCGGACAGUCAUCGCAUGCAAUAAAUUAUUAUGUCGUGCCAAUAGAACAAACUUAAGAAACCGAUUACUCCUCCCUAAGUUAGUUUCGGGCCAGCUAAAAACUGUGAAAUGAUUGUGACGCGCAGUGUCGUCGCAUCAAUCUGACAUCCCUGCUAAAGGAGUAUUAUUACUGGAAUCCAAUUUUUUUUAAUUUUUUAUUUUGAGAGCAUAAGGUAUAUUUUUUUGGAGAGCAGAUUCCUAUCUUUUCCUUUGUCAAUGUUUGCGAGACACAAAUUCACGAGGUUUACGUGAACAUAUCAGUUCUGGUGUAAGUUGUUUUUCAAAUCCAUGUAAAAAUUAACACUCCCCUCCCCCCAAAAAUUAUUUUUUUUUGGACCUACAUUAGUGCCAGUGAGUCAAGAGAAAGAGACAGUGAGGAAUGACUUUGAUAUUUUGUAUGAACUGUCUUUUUUGAGGGUUUUUUUUUUUUUUAAAUUGAACCCGUCACAAAGACUAUCUCAAGCAAUGUCAGCAUUUAUUCAUUCAUUCAUUGGGAGGGCAGGGUGAGGGCACGAAAAAAAAAGGGAAAUAUCAUAUUUCGGGACUUUGUCGACUGUGCCGCUUUAUGUGGACUUCAACCCUGUCAUGCUUGUUGUAAUAAAGAUCAGAUAUAUUUGGA